GUUUAAUUCAGAAACUACUGCGUAUAUUUACAGAAAAAACUUCGGCUAUUAGUUAAUUUACUAAUAUGAAAAUAUUAUUAGUCGUCAGCAUUAUGCUUAUUUUCUUCAAAGUAGAAUGUCGGAGAAAGAGCCGUUGUUGUAAGCUGGAAAAGGUAGUGGGACCUUGCUUGGCUUACGGUCCUAGCUAUUUUUAUAAUAAAUAUACUGGGAAGUGCGAAUUUUUCGUAUAUGGUGGAUGUGGUGGCAAUUGCAAUAGAUUCGGUACGCAGGUGGAAUGCUGUGAAGUUUGUGGGGAUUAUAGGUGUUACGAAGACGUUGUUUAAUCUGCAUUAUUCAUGAAAUUAGACGGUUUAUGCGAAUAAACUUUGAAUAUUAUUAAAUAACUGCUUAAUUUAAAUCAUUUUUGUCUUGAAUUUUCUCUUCUUUUUUGUUUUUUAAAAUUAUACUUUACGGAAGUCGAAUGCCACGAGUAAAUACUCUUAAUCGGGCUCAGAAAGAGAGAAGACAUUAAGACCAUUUGGUCAGGUGCUUCCAAAAGUUAGUUUUUAUAUAAAAGAAAAAUACAAUACUAAAGUAUUAUAAACAAUAGAGGAUUCAGAAUUUUUAGAGCGGGUGCAGAAAGGAAACAAUAUGCCUUACAAAAUUUUUUAGUACCCGAGUCACUUGGCAUUAAUCGGGAAAACCUGCCAUAAUGAAAUGCCGCGCGUCCUGCACACCCCUCUCUAAAUCCCCCAGUGGAUAUAAAUAUGAGUUUUUACUAACAAAUAAAACAAAGUCAGUUUUUAAUUAUUUUAUUAAUAUAGUUUUGCUUUUCGGGUAUAGCCUGUACAUUUAAAAUAAGCCGAGCGUUAUCUCCCUCACCACCCGGCCACCCCAUUGUGGGUCUGGCCGAACCCAUAAUGGGCUUGCUAAUGGAGCCCUCUUAGUGCUCUUAGAGAGGAAUGAGUUAAAGAAUAGUAAUUUCUAGUGACUAUGGUUAACAAAUUAGUACAUAAACUAAUGUGAAAAGAAAAGAAAAAUAUUUUUUUUUUAUAUUUAAAUUAAGUAGCAUCUCAUUUACAUUCAAACAUUUAUUUAAUCUCAUUACUCAAGGAACUAGUGAUAGCCGAUUCGCAAUUUCAACCAAACAAGAUGGCGGAAUGGCCGAGCUGCUAAGGUGGCAGCUUGGCCAGUCAGCCAUCUUGUGGGAAGUGGUUCAUCCGGAUUUAUCGGGGCCCCGUCUCUCAUACCAAUUCGCUUCACUAUGGGCCUGGCCGAUCUGAUAAUGGCUUGCUAAAAAAUUUCUCUCAAUAACCACAGGACGGAGAGUAAAGAAACCCAAACGAGAUGUAAAAGCGCCCACAUCAUCACAUCCUAAUAUAAAA